CGCCUUAAUACAAAAAGAAGAAGAAGAAAGAAGAUUAGUUUCCGGUUUUUGUUACUGUUUGUUAUUUUUCUCUGAGUUUUGCUCGGUAAAUUGAGCAUGGAAGGGUCUCGUGAAAGUGCAGGGAGGACUCCACACAGUGGUGUUGUAAAGAGGAGGAGCAAAAGUCAGAGCUAUCGGCGGUCAAUCCGCACCUGCUUUGGCGUUGCAUCAGGUCUUGGCCUGACUCCGGCGCUGACCGCACGAAGAAUGAACACCAGCAGGAAAGUUCCAAGGUCCCAAAACAUCACUGAAAAAGUGAAGCCAGAGCACCUGGAGUUGCUGGUGAAAACAGAGUGGCAACUGUCGUACGUCACUCCUCUCUACCAGUUCAGACACACCCAGCUGAAGAACUAUUCCCGGCAGCUCUCUGCGUUCAUUGCUGCAGAGAAGCAGCAGGGCCUGGCGGUGGAGGUGGGGAAGCCGCAGAACACCUUCAAAGUCUCCUUCUCUGAGCUGCAGGGGCUGGCAGAGACGAGCAAUGACCCUGAGGCUGUCCUCAUCCAGAUACAGUCAAAGCCAAUGUUUGCAAGGCAAGAAGAUCCAUUGAAGACGGUUUGGAGUGGGUGGUUGUCCUGCAUCAACGGCAACCCUGAAUACCUUCAGUCACUUCCAAAGGAUUUUACCUGCCUACCUCUCUUUUGCAGCAAAGGGGCAGAGAGUCUGUCUUCUGUGGUUAAGUCUUGGUUGCAGAGGACCUUUGACUGCUGCUUUGGCCCUCUGGACAUCAACCAAAUCACUCUGCAGUGGCUUGCUGCUUUGUGGACCAACUGCCACAUGGAAACCAACAUUCAGAACUUGAAAAUGAUUUGGACUCUCCCAGUUGAGCCACCGCUAAAGGUGACUUACACGGUCAACUCUGACGACGCGCUGGACCUGUGGAGAAGCACGAGGGAGAGUUCAGCGGAGAAGAGCAAGGAGGCGGAGGAUGAAGUGUGCAUCGACUUCUCGGAGGUGACGAGGUUCAUGCAGGGACUCAUGAGCCACUUUUACAGACACUUCAGGGUGGACCUUUCAGCUGGGGAACUGAACCAAGUAUCCUCUGCACUGGGAUCAGCCAAAGUCAACGGCAAGAUAAAGAUUUCCAGUAGCAGAUAUCUAAUCAGCAUCGUCAGCCUGCUCACCGAAUGUGCCCUCCUGAAAAUGCCCAUCUAGCUGUGACACUGAGCAGACAGCAAAAAAAAAACCAGACAAGAUGUUUGUUUUUUUAGUUUCCUCUUUAAUACAAACGUAAGUAAAACCAGACAUUUUAUUUUUUUUGGACUCACCUUCAGAGAAAUUCUGUUUGCUCACAAUUAUGACGAGUGAUGCUGAACCUUACUGGUGUUUUAAAGACACACCUCCCUCAGUUUCCCACCUGUUUGUAAAUACUCUGAAUAUUCUACUUUAUUU